GCUGAUAGCAUUAUUUUGAAGGAAAAGAAAAAGUAAACUUAACAUUUCGAUCCGUAAACACACGACGGUUUCCGAGAUCGGAUUGAAAGUGGAACGUACUUCCUCCGGUGGUAUCGUAUAACACAGUGACGCUACGGAACGCGACCUCAUUGGAUCAGAAUAGGAGGAUUAUAAUUUGCACCAUCAUUCGCUUAUUUCCUCCCACACUUGGUCCAAUACUGAGGGCUGCAAUAUUUAACAUUUAUUUCCCACCACAUUACCAAAACCAAAUUAAACAAUUCCUUAAAAACCAAACCAUAAAAUGUCCGUAACUGGCAAUAAUAUUGAUUAUCAGAAUACGGACUUCGGAUCGGAGAUGGCAUCACCUUCGCAGGCUAGUCCACUGGCCGGAACUACGGGUGGCACCGGAGCAGCCAUUCCCGGCGGGGCGACAGCCAGCUCUAACAGCUCCAAGUCAUCAGCAGCUGCCGGGGCCAGCAGCAGUUCUGCUCCCGAUUUGGCCACCCAGAUUCUCACAAAACCCCGGCUCCAAGAGUUGGUCCGAGAAAUCGACCCCACCGAACAACUAGACGAAGAAGUAGAGGAGCUAUUACUGCAGAUUGCCGACGAUUUCGUCGAGAAUACAGUCAACUCGGCGUGCGCUUUGGCCAAGCACCGAAAAGUCGCUAAAGUUGAGGUUCGCGAUGUUCAACUACAUUUAGAACGCAAUUGGAACAUGUGGAUACCCGGCUUCGGAACAGACGAACUGCGACCCUAUAAGCGAGCGACUGUCACGGAAGCCCACAAGCAGCGUCUGGCCCUUAUCAGGAAGGCUAUCAAAAAGUAUUAACUUCUCCAUAAUUCGUAUCAAACAAAUCAAGUCCAAUUGAAUUUGUCCCCCAAACUGAUUUUUCUACCAAUAAAAUACAGAACGUUCACAAUAGUUGACAGAGUACCAACAACAAACCGAUUUGUGAUUCCGACGAUUUGAAAUAUAUUUA